AUGUCUAUACUUGUCUCGGAAUACCUCAAAUGUAUUGCACUUUACUUCAAGAGUAAGGAUGCUAUGGUCUUUAAUGGUCUCAUAGGUUUAGGAACAGUGGCCAGUCAGACAGCAUACAACAUCUUAGCUUUUGACUGUCCAUGUUUACCAAAAAAAAAUUACCUGUACGGCCUGGCUGCCAUUGGUGUACCCGCCUUGGUUUUCUUUGUCAUUGGGAUCAUGCUGAAUCAAAAUACCUGGGACGUUGUGUCAGAGUGUCGCACCAGAAAAUGCCGGAAAUUAUCACUGACUGCCGCUUUUGCUCUUUUGGGCUCCAUUGUGGGCAGAGCAGUUGUUGCCCCCAUCACUUGGACUGUAAUUUCCCUUCUGCGAGGGGAGGCGUAUGUCUGUGCUUUCAGUGAGUUCAUGAAGUUCUCGUCUUUGGACAUUUUCUCUUCAACUACACCUGGUCCAGAAAUCAUGGCCCGGUUUCCAUGUAAGGAUGUACCAGCUCCAUUUAUGAACUGCUCAGGAGAAGUUGUACGCCAGUUAAAGUAUGAAUCCCAGCUGUUGGGCUGGUUGCUAGUGGGAAUCAUCUCACUUUCCAUCUUUCUCCUUCUCUGUCUGAAAAAUUGCUUCUCUCCUCUUGGCUAUCAUCAGGAGGCGUACUGGUCCCAGUACUGUUCCAGCGAACAAGCUCUUUUCCAGCGUACAGCUGAAGUACACGCUAAAUACUGUGCUGCUGAAAAUGUCAAGAGCUUUUUUGGCUUUGUGGCCUUGGAAAAUCAGGAGAAGAAGCUUCUAGCAGGCUGCAAGGGAAUCAAGAAUGUCAUUCCCAGACUGGAGUGGAACCGCGUCACUGGAGUUUACAUGUACAGAGAGAUCAAUGACACACCCCUGUACAGUCGCUUGAACAAAUGGGCCACGUACACAAAUGAGUAUGACUGUUAAAUACUUGACUAUUUUAUUUUUUGACAAAUUUGUGUCUAAUGAAUGAAUAAUACUAUACACCUAAAAAGUAAUAUCUUUGGUAUUAAGAAACACCCAAGAAAUAUGUGUGCCA